CUUGUCCUUAGAACGAACAAACGAAUCAUGGCGAUGUUUGGAAGUUUCAUCAAAAUCUCUUUCGUGUGUUUUGCCCUGAUAUCUCAGUUGAGCCAAGCUUCACCUCUGCCUGGCAUAGAAGACAAAAUCAAGAGUGAGACCGAGGCUGCAAAAGAGACAGCUCUGAACGAUGCCAAAGCUGCUGACAGAAUGGUCUUCAAUAAGGAAACUAAGCAUUUAGCUGACGAGUUAAGCAAGCUGAAGAGAGAAUAUGAUGAGUUGAAAGCCUACACCAGUACCCAAGACACGAGAAUUGGAGAACUGGAAUCAAAAGCAAAGGACAGAAGCAGCGCCUUGUCAGGCGAUGUCCGAAGCAAACGCCAUACCCAACAAGUGAGCUGUUAUAACGAUUACACGAGUUGGGACGCCCGCUCCGACGCAUCCAUAAUGUACCUGGACAGGCAGGAUGUUUCCUGCCCCCAACCCUAUUUCUUGUCCAGAUUUAGGCUCGUAAGGCGGGGAGAUUAUGGGUCCGCAGACGUCCGUUACAGUUACCGAUGCUGCAGAGUUUUGUGAUUUAGCACCGGGACGUUUUGUCAUCGGUUAAGUGGUACGGUUUGACUAAUGAAUAAUCAGAUUUUAUGCCGGCUUUUAGCAAGAGUGGGGUCUUUUUUAAGGCUUUUAGUAGAUUUGGUUAUUAAGCUUUUCACCGAUAUGCAAACCAAUACAUAUAGAAAAAAUAAAUGUGACAUUAGUUUAAACAAACUGUUAGCUACUUAUAAGAUUGCUUUCACAGACUUUCGGGUCAUUCAUGGGUUUUAAUGGUUUUAAGAUCCUAUGUACUUGUGGCUGUA